AUGCCUUGCUUCAAAAGGAGUCAUUCCUGGGAAAGUUCUCUCGUUGGAAGAGAUGGUGUUUCCAGGCAAUAUCAAGUGUUGCUGAACAGAGAACGAGAUGGCUGCAUAACAGAAAGAUACAAAAUCUCAGUGAACAGUCAAGAAAUCCCACAUCAACUGUCAACAAAUUAUUGCAGUCCGCUGUGCGGCUCUGGUGGGUCCUAUGAAUGGGAACAAGAUGGCCACAGUUUUAUGAUAAUGUACAACAACCUCGGGUUAAUCCGGGCAAUGCAAGGCUUCAGAUUGUUUAUAGACGGAAUUGAUGUUGACACUGGUCUCCAUUUGAAAGCUUUUUUCCGACGUAGAGGUCUCCACUUUGUGCUUUCUGGCGUACUUGUGUUUGCUUUUGGAGUUGGAGCUAUUCUCGUGCAGCAUUUCUUUGUAAACAUAAUGGAAACUAAGAAAGGAGGGUUUAUGAACUUGGCAUAUGCUUUCAUGGGUUGGGGUGCCGUCUACAUGCUCAUUGGAGCCAUUCCUUUUGUUMGGAGGUAUGCGGAACCGCGGUAUAUUCAUUAAAUAGCUAUGGCAUCAUUUUUAACUAUAAAUUGUAAAAUUAUUGUAAAUAAUCGGAUUAAUGAAUAAUUGUGAUCUAUUCUUAAAGACGUAUUUGA